UCCACCUCUGCCUCCACCUCUUUUGUCAGUUAUAAAAGUAUAUGCGUUUGACAGGCUGAUGGGACUUUACUCACAGAGAUCUCAUUAUAGGUGCACUGUGAGGACCAUCUGGUUUUGAAUUUUCUUGAAAAAAAAAAGGACACUGUAAACAUCACAAUGCGUGAGUGUAUCUCCAUCCAUGUGGGUCAGGCUGGUGUCCAGAUGGGCAACACCUGCUGGGAGCUGUACUGUCUGGAGCACGGCAUCCAGCCAGACGGCCACAUGCCUGAAUCCAGGCCUGCAGGAGGCUCUGAUGAUUCCUUUACCACUUUUUUUAGUGAGACUGGUACCGGCAAGUAUGUGCCUCGGGCUAUCUUUGUCGACCUGGAGCCCACCGUCAUAGAUGAGGUGCGCACAGGCACAUAUCGUCAGCUCUUCCAUCCCGAGCAGCUCAUCUCUGGGAAGGAGGAUGCUGCCAACAACUACGCUCGUGGUCACUACACAGUUGGGAAAGAGCACAUUGAUUCAGUAUUGACCAGGAUCCGUAAAUUGUCUGACCAGUGCACUGGCCUCCAAGGUUUCCUAGUGUUCCACUCCUUUGGAGGAGGAACUGGUUCUGGCUUUACCUCUCUUCUAAUGGAACGUCUUUCAGUCGACUUUGGCAAGAAAUCCAAGCUGGAGUUUGCCAUUUAUCCAGCCCCUCAGGUGUCGACUGCUGUGGUGGAGCCGUACAACUCCAUUCUGACCACACACACCACCCUAGAACACUCGGACUGCGCCUUCAUGGUGGACAACGAGGCCAUCUACGACAUCUGCCGUAGGAACCUAGACAUCGAUCGUCCGUCGUACACCAACCUAAAUCGACUUAUCAGUCAGAUCGUCUCCUCCAUCACCGCCUCGCUGCGCUUUGACGGAGCUCUGAAUGUAGACCUGACUGAGUUCCAGACUAAUCUGGUGCCCUACCCGCGCAUCCACUUCCCCCUGGCGACCUACGCCCCCGUCAUCUCGGCAGAGAAGGCGUACCACGAGCAACUGACAGUGGCGGAGAUCACCAACUCCUGUUUCGAGCCAUGCAAUCAGAUGGUGAAAUGCGACCCUCGCCACGGCAAGUACAUGGCGUGCUGUCUGCUAUACCGAGGCGAUGUCGUGCCUAAAGACGUGAAUGUGGCUAUUAGCAACAUCAAAACCAAGCGCUCCAUCCAGUUUGUAGACUGGUGUCCCACUGGCUUCAAGGUGGGCAUCAACUACCAGCCCCCCACUGUGGUUCCUGGUGGAGACCUGGCCAAGGUCCAGAGGGCCGUGUGCAUGCUGAGCAACACCACCGCCAUAGCUGAGGCCUGGGCCCGACUAGACCACAAGUUUGACCUGAUGUAUGCCAAGAGGGCCUUUGUGCACUGGUACGUGGGAGAGGGGAUGGAGGAAGGAGAAUUUUCCGAAGCCAGAGAGGACAUGGCUGCUCUAGAGAAGGAUUACGAGGAAGUGGGUGUCGACUCAUGGGAGGAAAAUGAGGAUGGAGAGGAGUAUUAGAUGAGGAAGAGGUAGACUGAGCAACUUCAUUUCUGACCUGCAUUAUAAAGGCUGGUAUCUUUUCAACUAAUAAACAAGAGGAAGAAGUUUGUAAGGGCUCAAUCGCAUCAUGUUUGCUUUUUCUGAUCUUGACUCUCCUUUGAAGGGAAGCAUGUUUGUAUUUUCUUCAAAUAAAACCGUUUAAAUUUGA